CUGUCAACCAGUGCAUAUUGUAAAUAUGGCUUCGAAAAAGUCCAAAAAAUGUCCUAAAAUAAUUAACAAGCCCAAAGAUUACAAUGCAUUGACUUUAAACGAAGUGCUGUGCCCCAUCUGCAGGAGCAUUCUGAUAGAACCCGUCUCACUCCCUUGUAAUCAUGACUUUUGUUUGUUUUGCUUUGAAGGCACCAUGGAGAACGCAAAUUUGGUGUGCCCUCUUUGUAGGAUGAGAAUAGGCUCUUGGUUGAGGAAAGUAAGGAAGGACAACAUACUCAUAAACGGGGAAUUGUGGAAGAUAAUAAAGGAGAAAUUCCAGCAGCACGUGAAAAAUAAAUUAAAUGGCGUUGAUGAAAACCUAGAAGAAAAAAGGGAUAUUAUUGUAGCGAAGCCAGGCGAGAUUAGAAAAGAAUAUGAAGUUCAAAGACAAAAAGAGCUAGAAGAACAGAACAGGAAGAAGGCACAAGAAAUCAAAGCCAGUGAAGAUUUAAUAAAGAAAAUCAAAGAAGAGGAGGAAUAUCAAAAAUCCCUAUUAGAAGAGAAACUCAAAUGCGAUGAAAUGUUAGCCAAAAAAUUAGCAGAAAAACUGUCGAACGAUGAUCCCUCAUCAUCGAAAUCCAAACCAAAAUCUACCCCCAAAAAACGAGGCCCCUUAGAUAAGUUCGUUAAAAAAGACGAAGAAAGUAAAACCAACAAUCCCAAUACGUUUGCGAAUAAAGACUAUACCUGUUGGAUGCUGCAAUCGGACUCGGAAGCCAUCCUACAGAAAGUUCCCAAAAAAAUUCAUCAGCUACAAAAACUAGUGGAUUUGGACACGCACAGCGACGGCAGCGAUUGCAUCGAAUCGGAAAUGAGAUAUUUCAAACCAAUCGAUUACAGAUUAAAUCCACCGUCGCACAGGAAACCUCCGUUAAAAGUUAUUCCAAAGAAACUCGCCAAGAGUGCAAACGUUAAAAUAUUAUCUCCUUGUGGUUUAAGGAAUUUCUCUUCGAGUAAUGUACAGUCAGCUUUCGCAAAGUUCCCCAAGGAUACUAAAAUUGACGAAGUUUUACCUUCGACCCGGAACUCAGAUCCUCAAUCUUCCAAAAAACACGGCUUAUCGUUCAGCCAUGAGGACGGCACUCCUAGUAAAAAGCACAAGAAAAACUCGAAAGAUGAAUCCGUUAAAAACUGUAACGUAUCCCCGUUGGCUAGAAAAAAACUGUUUGAGAAUACAGCACGAGUACUAAGGGCAGAGAGUCCCCCUUUUUACGGCUUUGAUAGUUCUUUUACGACGAGGAAAAACGGAGGACACGCCAAUGAAGGCCAUCGAGCCAAGGAGUUUAAAAAGGAACAGGAAAAGGCCGAUUUGGAGUACGCAAAGAAACUGCAAGAAGAGAUUAACAGGGGCCAUUACACGAGGAGUACCAGGCAUUUAAAUAAUUCUAAAAGACAAAUGACCCUAGACGGUAUAAUCAAAAGUCCAUAUAAAGUUAAGUAAGCAUAAUGCAAAUGUUUAAUCGAUGCAGUGAAGCUGAUAAGUUCUUUAUUUAUCUGAAAUGAAUUGGGAAGUUUCUUUUUAUUAUUUGUUGAUUUAACUGAAUAUUUUGAGGACUAUUUUUGUUAUUUGCGAAUAAAUUGUAUUAUAGUAAAUUAAGU